UUAUAGUUGCUCUUAACUCGUUCAUAUAAGCGCUCGUCUUGUGUUAAUGAUUUUAUUAACAUGUUUUAUUAAUCGUGUUUUUUAAAAUUAAUUAAGGCUACAUUAGCCUAUAAAAUUGUAUCGGUUAGUGAAAGACGUAGUAAAUACAUUAAAUCUAUCAAAAUGUGUAUAAUUCGAAGUGUUAUUGUUUUGAUUACAUACUUUGGGUUUGUGAUGAUGGCCAAAAAUAGUAGUAAAGAUGCUAUAGGAUUUCCUGAAGUCGAAGAAAACCCUCUAAUAGCAAAUAAACAGAACCGUGUACCAGUUUUUAUACCGUCCAUGUGUCCUGAAAAUGAAUUGUAUUAUCCAGGCGACCAGAAAGAUGAUUGGAUAUGCGACUGUCGACCGGGUAAUUUGUAUCAUCCAAACUCAGAUGCGUGUUGGCCAGCAUACCAAAGAGGUCCCUGUGCAUAUAGCGAGUAUUUGAUAUUGCCCAAGGAUUCAGUUAUACCUGUUUGUAAGAAAAAUCCUUGCUUAAUAGAUACAAUGGUUCCAUGGAAAGGAUUCUGCCAAAAGUUGGGUUCAACGGUUCCUUGUGGUGUUGACAAGUUUCCAGCCGAGGCACUUUGGGUAAAUGCGACCUCGCUGAAUGUUGAAUGUUUACAAAUCAAUACUGAUUACAGAUUUGGCAUGGAUUACUUUUACGAGAAAAACAUCACUUGUUGUCCAGGAUGCAAGAGGUUCAUACAAAAUAAAUGCCCGUGAUAUAAAUCUUAUAGCUAAAUGUAAUCAUAUGAUUUUUAUCAAUAAAAUAAUAAAUAAAACAACCUUUUCAAAACAAA